AUGCACUCGUUAGCCGCGUUGGCCGGGGUGUUGGCGUUGCUUCUCGCCAGGCUCCAGACAGGAUGUGGCUCCCCUAAUGUGGCGGGACCAUUGGCAGCGGUGGAUGGGGCUACGCCGGAGCAGGGGCUGGGGCUGGUGGAGGAGACCCAGGUGACCCACUGUCCGUCCUGUGUGCUGGCCCAGAUGAGGAGGGGUUAUGACCCGGUCCCUCCUGGAUUUGAGUCAGCAUCUGAAUCUGCAUCUUUGACUUUGGCUCAGACUUUGGGCCAGACGGACAUGGUUGAAGCGGUGAAGCGGCACAUCCUCAACAUGCUCCACCUGAGUGCACGGCCCAAUGUCACGCACCCGGUGCCGCGCGCUGCCCUGCUCAACGCCAUCAAGAAACUACACGUGGGACGCGUGGGCGAGGACGGCAGCGUGGAGAUCCAGGAGGAGGGACUGGGGGGCGCUGGCCAUGAGGGGGUGGCACUGCCCGAGCCGCCCUCUGAGAUCAUCACCUUUGCCGAGCCAGGUGAGUCAGCCAUUUUGUGUGCCUCUGUGUGUGUGUUUGUGUGGUUAGCACUUACAGUAAUAACAUGAAUUACUUUCUUGAUUUGUUUGGUUCAUUUAAUGAAGCACCACUCGGCACCAUUAAGUACCAGCUUGUUAUCACUUAUGUUGAAUCCUUUGUAAUAGUACCUGAAAGUACUCACUGUUAUCACAUAAUUAUUUCCUAAUAAAUAACAGGUAAACCAGUGGAAACAGUAGUUUAAAACGGCAGUGCAGUCCCAAAAAAAUGCAAUCUUUUUAAAUGAUAUUUUCACACUGAGGUCGAAAUAACACUCUGAAAUUGUGAAAAUUAUGAUGAGACCCUUUUAGUUUAAUUUCAGCCUGUUUGAUGGAAUUAUUCACAAUCUGAUCUGAUUAUUCUGACCAAUGACCAGUCAUCUUUUAUUUGCAUAUGUAUCCUCCUACUUUGAAGGUCUAAGCUGGGUGUGUAUGUAAAUAUAUUUACAUUUGUAUCAUCAUGAUCAGACUGAGCAUUUCCAUGAAAUAAGUUAUUUUCAUGAAAUAAACACACACAGGGAUUUAUUAGACAUACAGUGAUGAUUUAAAAAUGAAAUUUAAAAGACUGCGAGGGGGCUUUAACAUAACGUGCUACCUGCAUGUGUAAAAUAUGUGGCUGCCUGGGUUUGGGACUGUAAAUGUUUCAAUAUUGACGUGUGUCUGUGGUGCUUAAGGCUUUCUCUGAGAGGAUUCCUUCGAACUUGUAGUCAACACGGCUUAGAUUAAACUAUUGACGUCCCUUUGCAGCUUCUUCGUUCGGGGGUUAUGCACACCCACUACCCACGUGCCUUGGCAUCCUUAGCUAGCACGAGUUACCCACGCUUAAGCGAGUGUCGACUGCGGCUUUUGACUCCGAUGAUUUCAGUGUGUACUCAGCUGCUAGAGAGCACUUAAGGAUUUUACAAAAUAUGUUUGCCAGGUCGUCAUUGGAAAUAAGAAUUUGUUCUUAGCCGGCUUGCCGGGUUAAAUAAAGGUUACAUGAAAUGUUAGUAUGAGAUUAAGAACAAGGAAUUGUAAAUUAUGUGACAUGCCAGAUGUGUAUAAAUGUAGUUGAAGAUGGAUUAUAAUUCAUGACUCAAUUAAUAUUCGGAGUAUUAGUAUGUGCAUGCGUCUGUCUGUUCCUCCAUCCUCCUCUCUUGGAGUGAGUGUGUAUGUGUGCGGGCACAUCAACGGUAACAAUUCAUUUCUCCAUAGCCAUAUCCAGGAAAAUCAUAUGCAUUUCUCCGCUGUAGGUCUUGCCGAUUUAAACAGGGUAGCGACUUGGGUCACACUUUAUUAGUAUAGUCCCAUAUAGAUGAUCUACAGAUGGUCAUACUAUCAACAAACAAUCUGUUGAUAAGCAACUCCUUGCUAAGGUUAAGGUUAGAAUAAUGGCACCUUAUAUCGAUGCAGAAAACUUCACUGUACAUCUGUAUCCUAAUGUAUAUGUGUUCAGCGCGUAGGAACUGAAAGUUUACAAGUUUUUGCAUUUCAGGCCUCGGUUUUCAGCAUUUUACAGCAACGGGUCAACCACUUGAUUGAGAUACGUCAACCACGUUCACAUCUAUUGUUGGGAAUUUUCAUAUUCAGGUGUGAAGUGGAUGAAUCAGAGAUGAGAUCAGACAAUGAUGCGAAAACAACAAUAGGAAAGGUUUAAUGCAUCGGAACUAUGAACAUGUAUCCCCUCCACGUGCAACAGCGUGCUCUCAAGCGCUGCACGCCACCCCAACGAGGGGGGUGCUCCGAUUCUGGAGGCUCUCCUGAUUGCGGGCUGGCCAUUGUGUAUGGCAGCAGAGCGGCGCAACAAGCGUGUGACAAGCAUAUUCCUCUCCUGCUUGUUUGCUUACAUAAAUGUGCAUAACGGCUUGGUGCUAUAAAUAAAUGAGAGUGUGAGUCGAAGGGCCCGACCAACAUACCCGCGGGGCUCCUAACCAUACAUAAUCACUUCAUUCAUCCAAAUAUGGGCCCCAAUAAUUACUUUGGGCUGUGUGGAGGCUAUAAGUGAAGAUGGGGGGGGGGGGGGACGAGAGAGGGAGAAAGAGAGAGAGAAUAAAGAGAGAGAAAGAGGGGGGGACCAGGAGAGAGAGAGAGAGGCGCCUGCCACCUCUCACAGCGAUCAGCACUGUCUUCUCUGAAUGAAGAGUCAGGAACCAAUAACACAACAUCGUUAAUGACAUUCCAUUCUCUCUUGGAAGAUGAAGAUGCUUUUCUUUUUUUUCUUUUUUCGCUGCGCUAUCUAGCCAAAUAUAUUUAGAGGCGCUUCGCUUUCAAGCUAUUGUAUUCUCCCCGUUUUGUUUAUUCAUUCGUUCAUUACAAGUAAAAGGAAAAAGAGAUAGAGAGCCUUGCUAGGGAGGGAGGGAUUUCUGUUGUCGAAAAUGUAUAAAUAGAAUUUAGUGUUGUUGGGUUUUACUGUACAUGCAUAUUCAUAUGAGAUAUAAGUUGCUCCCUUUUCAAUAUGUUUAUGGUUAAUAAUGCCUAAUUAACAACAAAAUCCCCCAAAGCACCCCCAAAAAAUUGACAAACCUGACUGUUUUGGUGGUGACUGUGUUUUGUUUGGUUAGCUAAAGUAGGUGUCCUAUUUGUUCGUGAUAAAUUCGAUGCGAUUCCCAGGACACCACUGAGCACCAGCUAUGCACGACAAUUCCCCAAAUGGUCCUAGAACAGGUGGAAUUUUCACUUCCGUUCUCAGAACGUUUAAAAAACGUUCAGUUUUACUGGUCAGGAAAUGUAUGACUUUGUUCCUAGAACCAAUGGGAAACCAAAAACAUACGUUCCCACAACUUCCAAGGAACCAAACGUGCUAGCUGGGUAGCUAUAUACAUUUUUGAGAUGGUUAAAAUAACACUAAGUGUGUGUUUAAAAGUAUUAAACACUAAUAGUUAUAACAUUAGUAGAGAUUAUUUACUACUUGUGGUUUUGCUGUGCAGAUCCUCAUGCGCCUUUUUGAAGUGCUAUCUGAUACUGGACACUGGAAGUGCUACAGGAGAGGAUUGAACUUUAAUUUAGUGAGAUGUAAUGGAAUUCUAUACCCAGGCACAAUUGAAUUUAGUCCAGGACAAAGUAUCCAUUAUUGUGGUCACCUAAAGAUUAUUUAUCUGUUGUUAUCCUUCGUGGGAUAGAGGAGUUAGCGAGCUAACUUUGGUCAAUUCUGAGUUCAACUCGGGAUAACCGUUGACACUAAGGUGGCUCACCUUUCACCCAUGCAGGUACAUUUCUAUGGCAACAGAUCCUUCAGCUCUAACCUGCUCCUAGGCAGGCUAACUCCACUUUAUCCUGAGUGUCUGAGUUGUGCUUCCGGAGGCUUCCUUCCGGCGUUGUGCCUCUUUCCUUAGAAUAGGUCUGUGUGCAAUGUGAGAUGGGCUGGCAUAUGGGGAUGUGUGUUGGAGUUGUGUGUUGUUACGUGACGGGUUGCACACGGUUGACCUUUGGCUCAAGUGCAGCGUGGUGACAGUGGAGAGACUCUUCUCAGUAGCUCUCUGUAGACAGGCCACCACUCCUGGGUCGAUUUUAAAAUGUAGGCCUAAACAAGCGUUUCUUAUUGGACAAGUUCAGGUAGCUACUUUUCUAAAACAUUUUCUCCCUACUUGACAUGACCCAGGGCUGUGGCUUGUGGGCAACCCACAAAGGCCCUCUCGAUCCUGCAGGACUAGGAGAGAUUAAAGAAGACCGUUUGUGUUGUGGGUUAGAAUGUCCUACACGCUCUGAUUACCUCAAGUUUGUUUGAGAGUAUGAGAUUAAAGGGGAUCUGUUUUAGAAAUAACACUUUAUAAGAGCUUUCAUGAAAAAGGAUGAGUAAAUGAGUAUUUUAUUUAUAAACAUUUAUUCUAAGCAAUAUAAACAUUACAUUCAUAAGUUUGUAUAACAUUUAUUUUUAAAAAAGAGCAUUAUUAGGUGCAACUGUGAACAAUAGCCAUAUCAGACAAUGAAUACGUCCAAUUGUCUGGUGUCCAUGAGGCUGUCCUAAUAUGGACACCGUAUACGUGUCCAAUCACUGCAUCUCCAGGACUCAAUCCUACAGCUUAUUCAUGAAAGUAACUAGGAGGUUAUUACAAAAUGUAACAGGACUCACCACAACUCUCCCAUAGCCCAUUGCUUUCCAAAGUAAACAGAUACCAAAGUGACUGUGGAAGUCCGAGCCCAACUAAUCAGACAUGACAGACCCUGAACAAAUACAGUCUUGUACAAACAGAGUAUGGAGUUUGAAUAGAAUGGACUGUCCACUGUCAAUAGCAUGCAUAAUACACUAUAUAUACAAAAGUAUGUGGACACGCCUUCAACUUAGUGCAUUCGGCUAUUUCAGCCAUACCCGUUGCUGUCCGGUGUAUAAAAUCGAGCACACAACCAUGCAAUCUCCAUAGACAAACAUUGGCAGUAGAAUGGCGUUACUGAAGAGCUCAGUGACUUUCAACGUGGCACCGUCAUAGGAUUCCACCUUUCCAACAAGUCAGUUCGUCAAAUUUCUGCCCUGCUAGAGCUGCCCUGGUCAACUGUAAGUGCUGUUAUUGUGAAGUGGAAACAUCUAGGAGCAACAACGGCUCAGCCGCAAAGUGGUAGGCCACACAAGCUCAUAGAAUGGGACCACCGAGUGCUGAAGCGUGUAGCGCAUAAAAAUCGUCUGUCCUCGGUUGCAACACUCACUACCGAGUUCCAAACUUCGUUGCACAAGAACUGUUCGUCGGGAGCUUCAUGAAAUGGGUUUCAAUGGACAAGCAGCCACACACAAGCCUAAGAUCACCAUGCGCAAUGCCAAAUGUUGGCUGGAGUGAUGCAAAGCUCGCCGCCAUUGGACUCUGGAGCAGUGGAAACGCGUUCUCUGGAGGGAUGAAUCACGCUUCACCAUCUGGCAGUCCGACGGACAAAUCUAGGUUUGGUGGAUGCCAGGAAAACGCUACCUGCCCCAAUACAUAGUGCCAACUGUAAAGUUUGGUGGAGGAGGAAUAAUGGUCUGGGGCUGUUUUUCAUGGUUCGGGCAGGCCCCUUAUUUCCAGUGAAGAGAAAUCUUAACGCUAAAGCAUACAAUGUCAUUCUAGACGAUUCUGUGCUUCCAACUUUGUGGCAACAGUUUGGGGAAGGCCCUUUCCUGUUUCAGCAUGACAAUGCCCCCGUGCACAAAGUGAGUUCCAUACAGAAAUGGUUUGUGGAGAUCGGUGUGGAAGAACUUGUCUGGCCUGCACAGAGCCCUGGCCUCAACCCCAUCAAACACCUUUGGGAAGAAUUGGAACGCUGACUGCGAGCCAGGCCUAAUCGCCCAACAUCAGUGCCCGACCUCACUAAUGCUCUUGUGGCUGAAUGGAAGCAAGUCCCCGCAGCAAUGUUCCAACAUCUAGUGGAAAGCCAUCCCAGAAGAGUGGAGACUGUUAUAGCAGCAAAAAGGGGACCAACUCCAUAUUAAUGCCCAUGAUUUUAGAUUGAGAUGUUCGUCGAGCAGGUGUCCACAUACUUUUGGUCAUAGAGUGUAUCUCUCCUUUAGCCCAAAGCUCUAUUUGAUACACAGAGUAAGCAUUUGAAUUUAUUUAAAGAGGCUAUACGGCUUGCUCUUAAGCCAAAAGAGGUUCCCUAAAUGGACAGAAAUAUUUCUCAGAAAUGACCUUAUUGGACAGAAAGGGAACACCUACAGUCAGCAUUUCUGUACAGCCUUUUUUAGACAUACUAGGUUUUAUUUUAGCAGAGCCCAAAAAACAUGCAUGCGUUGCCUAACCAAAAUGACUGUGAACAUUUGAAGCAUUGCUCUCAUUGUGAUGACUAAAUGCCUUAUUCCCUUUCCUGCUCUAGGCAACUCUCCAUCUGCCGUGAUCUUUGACAUUUCCAAGGAGGGCAGCGAGUUCUCGGUGGUGGAGCAGGCCAACGUGUGGCUCUUCCUGAAGCUGGCCAAGGGGCAAGGGCGAGGCAAGGGCAAAGUGAACAUCCAGCUUCUGCAGCGCCGCCGGCAGAAGCUGAAAGCUCCAGGCUCUGCCUCCACCUCCACCGAGACCCAGGGCGAGGAGGAGGAGUUGGUGUCGGAGAAGAUGGUGGACACGCGGCGCAGCGGCUGGCACACGCUCCCCGUACCACGCAGCAUCCAGUCCCUGCUGGAUGCCGGUGGCAGCGUCCUGGACCUGCGAGUCUCCUGCCCCCUGUGCACCGAGGCGGGCGCCACACCUGUCUUGGUCCCCGCCGAGGGCAAGCAACCGGGACGGGAGCGGGAACAGUCCCACCGGCCGUUCCUCAUGGUCGUACUGCGGCCUGGCGAGGAGGAACACGCUCACCAUCGUGCCAAACGUGGCCUGGAGUGCGACGGCAAGAUGCACAUGUGCUGCAAGAGGCAGUUCUACGUCAACUUCAAGGACAUCGGCUGGAACGACUGGAUCAUUGCGCCGCCGGGCUACCACGCCAACUACUGCGAGGGUGACUGCCCCAGCCACGUAGCCAGCAUCACGGGUUCCUCGCUGUCCUUCCACUCCACUGUCAUCAACCACUACCGCAUGCGGGGCUACGCGCCCUUCCAGAACAUCAAGUCGUGCUGCGUGCCCACGCGACUACGCGCCAUGUCUAUGCUCUACUACAACGAGGAGCAGAAGAUCAUCAAGAAGGACAUCCAGAACAUGAUCGUGGACGAGUGCGGCUGCUCGUAA